AUGGCGGGAGAGGAGGAAAGGAGGGCAGCUACGGCGAGGAAGGGAGGAGGACAGGGAGCGCGAGGCGCGAGAGACGAGGAGCAAGGGAGAAAGGAUACAAGCUCAUACAAGCUUCAGGCUGGAGGGGCCUUCAGUGAAGUGGAUAGAAGCAAGGACUCGGUAUCUUCGCUGGUAUGUAUCCAUGUCAUACAGGGGAAAGAUUUCUUGGAGCAAGGAUCCAAAGAGAUGGUCUGUUGUGCGCUAGUGUAUGAGUGUGAGGAGGAUGUAGACGUCGAUGAUCUUCUUUCCAUGGACUUCGACUCUGAAUGUCUGAAAGUUGGUGGUGAAAGAUUCAAACGUUUCAAAAGGACUGAGAAUCCGUCGAUAGAGAUGUUCUCUGUCUUGAAACAAGUCGAUGGAGCCAUAGACCUGACGGACCCACAAAAGUUUGAAAUCACACCGAGCAAUGAUGAUAGAAUCACAGAGCAGAGUCUCGUGGUGGUUAUCACGAUACUUGACAAGGAAGGAGCCGAGAAGGGCCUCGAUCAAUCCGCGAGAGUGAUUCUUCCCAUCAAGGCAGGAGUUGAGUAUGAAGGUUGGUACACACUCUUCACUGAGGAGCAGCUUCCUGCUCUUGGUUUCUCCGAGCACCCGAUGCAAAUCUACCUCAAAUGUCACUACUCCCCCGUCAACUCGCCUGAUGCUAAGGAGGUAGAGUUCAAGCAGGCCGAGGAUGCAGUGACGAGAUUCUUCUCUCUCGUUGAGCAACCUGUGUCUCCUCUCCUGACGGGAAACCAUCAGCCUGACCGCAACGCCCUUGCAAGGACGCUCGUGUUUGAUCAAGAACCUGUGUCUGUUCCUCCGGCCACGUCGUCGAAGAAGUCUUCUGGCAAAUCCAGUCCUGAGAGUGACCAAGUUCAGCAAGGGGAGUAUGUAUUCAAUCUCACAAUCAUUGAAGCUCAGUAUCUGCCUGAUCUCGGUCAAGAGCCAGAGAUAGUUUGCAACGUGUCACUGAUCAAUGCCGGAACAAGUAUGGAGUACAGCCGUUAUUCCACGUUGCGGCAUGACUUUACAGAUAGAACUUCAGCUACGAAAGAGAAACCGCAUUUCAGGAACAUCUCACAAACAUCAAUGUGCAUACCUCAACAACAAUGCAAAACUUCGAUAUCUCACAGCCUACAUCAUGCCAGAUGGAAUGACAAAUUCGAGUUGUACGAAGCUCACAAUUCUUUCGAAGAUCUGUCUGGAAACGCGAUGGCUCCGCUGAAUGCGCAGCCGCUUCUUCUAAUCAUCACAAUCAGCCAAAACGAGACCUUCGGGCCUCAGGGAUACUACGGAAAGAUCGUUCUUCCUGUAAGAUACGGAGCGCAGACCGACAGGUGGUUCAAUGUAAUGGACGCGAAUGGAACAGCGCAGUUGGGAAUCAAUGGAAUGCAUUCAAAGAUUCACCUUCACCUAGAAUAUCAGAGUACAGACUCAAAGAGAAACUCUGGAAACUCCAACUCGGAAGAAGAGAUGGAUCGAUGGAAUUCAAUGGUCUUCCGGAUUUCCAGCCCCAUGACUUCCUCCCUUACUGACGCUGUUGCCGUGGAAUCUAGACUGGUGGGAAAGGAUGGGCAGCAUAUAGUGACUAAGAACCAAGGUUUUGUUGCUAUCAGUUUGUCAGCUCUAGGAGAUCUCGAUUGUCUCAUGUUGGAUCGAGAUGCUCAGUUGUUCUGGAGAGUUUCAGUCCUGCAUCCGUCAACAUGCCUACAAUUCUGUGAUUCGCUUAUGGUUGAGCACCAGUCCCCGGAGAGGAGCAGCAAACUGAGUUUUGACGGUCGACCUGGCAGGAUUGUGGCGCAGAUCGAAACGCACAAACAGAGGCUAGGAAAGCCAUGGAACGAAACCUUCGAGCUGAAGACAGUGAACCCCAACUCAGUGAUAGUGAGACGCAAGAAUGGCGUCAUGGAGGUCAUGUACUCAGAGGAGAAGGUCAAGUUUGACCAGCCGUUGAUAGUCUUUCUUACAUUGCACUCGCAAACUUGGGGAGGUGAAAGCAUGAUAGCAUUUGCUGUGAAGGAAAUCGUGCCAGGAGGUGUGAUAGACGACCAGCUGUUGUUGAAGCAGUGUGAUGGUUCUCUGAUCAAGCACGAUGAAAACAAGACUUGCACUGUAGGACUACAUUGUGACUACGUGAGUUAUUUCCCUGAGUCAGCUCAAGGUCGAUCGCAAUCGAGUGGAAGGAAGAAUUCAGAGUCGGCAUUCCAUGAGCAUGAUAGGAGCUCGCAGGAGAUAUAUGCUUUGAACCAACUUCUAGAAAACGAACGGAAGAAGAAUGAAAAGCUUGAGAUGCAAUGUGCUGAAAUGGAAAGAAGAAUGGUCAAACUUGAUAGCAAACUUGCACAAGAGAGACAAAGGUGCAAAUCUUUGGAGUCGGAAUUACAGAAAACAAAGCAACUUGUCAAGGAAAGUACUGAUUUUGCAGCUGCUGCUCAGAAUCAGAUGAAAGUAUCACGCACAAUUUGUAAAUAUGCUGUUGAAAGUAUGAAGAAUCAAAUCUAUCAUCUAAGCGAGAAGAUUUCAAAUCACAAGGAGCAUGAUUCUGAAAAAAAGGAGACUUUGAUGAAAUCACACAUGCAAAUCUUAGACACUUUCUCAGACGCGCUUGAAAUUUUGACGGCCUUCUCCUCAACAAGGGACCUUGCAAUAAGGGAAAGCAUCAACAAUGCUGGGAUCUUGAUAGAAGAUGGCAAGAAAGUUAUAUCAAGAAUCUCAAAAUCCACAACCCGAAGGAAAAGCAGCUUCAGCGUUGAUGUAUCACCAGAGGUGUCAGGUUCAAGAGGGGAGAAACCCUCUCCUGUCUUAACGUCUCGCCAUGACAUGAGCAGUAGCCUGGUCCCUAACGCUGAUCUAUCUACCUCCCUUUCUGAGGACGAGUCCGAUGAUUCGAACCGGCGGUCUGACAUCAAAUCAGCCCGUCGUGCGCCGGCGCACCAUGUCAAGGCUUCAAUCCUUCACAUCUUGGAUCAGAUUCAGAUCGAAAUGAACCUUGUGAGGACCCUGAUGAAUCAGAGAGACAGAGUUUGCUCGAAGUUCAUCAAAGAGUUUGUUGAUAUGAAGUCGAGGGGGCCAGCGACGGAAAGUUCAAACAGUCGGGCGAUUGCAGAGUUGCUCUGGAAGAUUGCUGAGUGUAAGUCCGACUUUCAUUAUCAAGUCAUCGACGACGAUGCCAUCCUGGGGGCGUUGGACGACACGGUCUUGGAGUACAUCUUGCGCAAUCGAAACCUCCACGAGAAACUGGCUGCACAGAGAGACUGGCAAGUUCUGAAGCACGAGGCUGUCAGGAAGUCGGAGGCUGGCAGGACGCAGACAAAGGAGGAAACUCCGAGGAAGCGUGCCCCCCUGCCUCACGAGAGCCCAGAACACUCUGGGUAUCCCUAUCAAACUCGUGUUGAGAGCAAAGUGAAGGAAAGGAAGUCACCUCCGCUGUCCUCAGCCAAGAAAUCUGCUGAUACUCCUCACAGACUGCAACCGAAGGCGGCGGGAGCAGCAGCAGACAAAUCUCGACACGCCUCCUCCUCUCCUCCCGUUUCAGGCGCUAAACACACUGAGACGAAGCCGAUGGCCAAUACAAGCGCGAGGAAAAGUCCCUCAUACCUCUAUGCCUAG